UCUUCACACCGCCUCCUUUUUGCUGUCAGACAGUGGGCGGAACGAAGAAAGAGAGAUGGCAGCUGCUGCGGAGCAGAGUUCCAAUGGGCCAAUCAAGAAGUCCAUGCGUGAGAAGGCAGUCGAGAGAAGGAACACCAAUAAGGAGCACAACAGCAAUUUCAAAGCAGGUUAUAUUCCUAUUGAUGAAGAUCGUCUGCAUAAAACUGGUCUGAGAGGCCGGAAAGGGAACUUAGCCAUUUGUGUGAUUGUCCUCCUGUUUAUCUUGGCCGUCAUCAACUUAAUAAUUACUUUAGUUAUAUGGGUUGUGAUCCGAAUUGGCCCAAAUGGCUGUGACAGUAUGGAGUUCCGUGACAGCGGCUUGCUUCGAUUUAAACAAGUGUCAGACAUGGGAGUAAUACAUCCAUUAUACAAAAGUACGAUUGGAGGACGACGUAAUGAAGAUCUCGUGAUCACUGGUAACAACCAGCCUGUUAUUUUUCAGCAGGGCUCAACAAAACUCAGCGUGGAUAAAGACAAGACUUCUAUCACCAGCAACAUUGGCAUGGAGUUUGUUGAUCCUCGCACUCAAAAAACAUUGUUCAGCACAGACUAUGAGAAGCACGAAUUUCAUCUGCCGAAAGGGGUGAAAACUUUGAAUGUACAGAGGGCUUCAACAGAGAGGAUAACUAGCAAUGCUACCAGCGAUCUCAACAUAAAAGCAGAUGGCCGCGCGAUUGUCCGUGGAAAUGAAGGGGUGUUCAUCAUGGGAAAGACUAUUGAGUUUCGCAUGGGUGGGAACAUGGAGCUCAAAGCUGAGAACAGUAUAAUCUUGAAUGGCACAGUGAUGGUGAGUACUUCCCGACUACCCAGCUCUUCUACAGGGGAAUUGCUGUACGACGAUGGAUGGAUGAGGUACAAGCUGUGCUCAUGCGCUGAUGGUACCCUCUUUAGGGUGAAGGUAGAAAGUCGGAACAUGGGAUGCCAAACAUCAAGUAACCCAUGCUAGGCAGGGGUAUUAAAGGAGUAGGAUAAAGAGAGGGGAAAACACUUUAAUCAACAAGGGUGCAGUGUUACAAUACUUUUAUUUUCUUUUUGUGUGACUAGCUUGUUAUAAUACAUUUCACCAAAAUAUUUAUCAGUAUUCGCUAUUUAUUAACAGUAUUUACCAUUUAUCACUGCCGCACAGAAGGUGUGUUUUAAAGCUUGUGCUUUUAUAAGCUGCGCAAGAAACCGUUUUCUGCUCGUAGCUCUCCGCAAGGCUAAUGCCACAUGAGACUGAUUCUUGGCCUCAUGCAGGUGCCAAAGUGCCAUCUGCAUCAACUGCCAUUUGCUACAAGUGCCCUGAUCAUUGUACGACUCCAAAAAAAGCAGAUAUGCUAAUAUAUCAGAGGCUAUAAAACACUUGCAGCUAGCCCCCAGCUAAUAGUUAAUAUUGUAAUAGAAUCAUGUGUUCCAAUAAUGUUUGGGUAACUGAUAUGUCCAGUCAGUGGGCAUUUUUGUUUGAGCAUCACAAAAAUGGACAUACCCUCGUUUUUUACAGGCCUCUCUCAAAAUAUCAAUAAGCUUCAAAGCUUAUUACAUCAUCAAAGAUUAUUCUAAAAAAUAUUGAAAUACAUGGCUGACUAGUUAUAGGUAGAUAUUUUUAAUAUUAAUUAAAUAAAUUGUGCAGUUCAGUCAUUCUAAAUGAUAUCUGGGAUUGCACUUCCAGCUUGUUCAUUAAAGGGACAGUUCAGUGUAAAAAUAAAAACUGGGUAAAUAGACAGGCUGUGCAAAAUAAAAAAUGUGUUUAAUAUAGUUCGUUAGCCAA